UAAUCUCAAUGUGUGGGCUGCACUUCUUGCCUUUGUGCUCAUUAGGACUUGGACUAAGCUCCUUUCCAAAGCUAAUAUUGCUUCAAUACCGUUCAGUUGGCAAGAGAAUACCGUAAACUAUACUUGUGCAGUGGCUUGCUAAGAAUGGCCGUGUUUCUAUAAAUGAGGGCAUAUGGAGCCUUGUAAUUACCAUCUGGGUUCCCAACCUCAAAGGCCUCAUAGAAAAGGAAGAAUGUGAGAGGAGCCAGAACACAGCUAUCCCUGUGGCGAUUGCUUGGCUUAGAAGCAUUGAACGAGAGGAUGUGAAAGUGAGAUGGCCGGUCUUGAAAUUAUGCAUCAAAUCAGAAGAAAUAGAAACAAUUAAUUUGAUCAAGCCACACCUACAAGUCCUGCAACUACACCGUCAGUUUUUCUGGCCAAGGAUGCAAGUACAAAGAGACACGAGGUUUAAUCAAUGACAAUGAACAAGUACUCCAUGGUUGAUGCUUGAUGAAGAGACACGAGGCUUUCCAGACUUUCAAUCCAAAAGUUGGAAACUGAACAAACCCACACUGAUCUCCACCUGUAUAGCCAUUGAAAGAAUGCCCAAAGGAAACUGAAUGAGAAGUACUUCAUGAAACCAUGAACCUGCUUCCUGCAAAAGCAAUUUAGAGAACCAGAGGCAGCUGUCUUAUGACGAAUUUAGACGGAAUGAAGUGUUUUUAAAAGAUAGCAUUCCGGUAUGGUUGGCGGUUGCAGCGUACAUAUUGUUCUUUCCAUCAUUGUGAUACCUUUGAUGUUCCCCCAAGUGAAGUGGUUUUGUGGUGAUUGCCUAUAUUCUUGUAUUCUCACUUGGAUUUUGCAAUGCUUACGAUUAGCUGACAUAAACAUGGCUUAUAACCACGUCAAAGUGACUCUCUUUGUACUUGCAUCCUUUCCAGAAAAACUGACGGUGUAGUUGAAGGACUUGUGGGAUGUGGCUUGAUCAAAUCAAUUGUUUCCAUUUCUUCUGGUCUAAUGCAUGAUUUCAAGACCGGCCAUCUCACUUUCACAUCCCCUCGUUCAAUGCUUCUAAGCCAAGCAAUCGCCACAGGGAUAGACUGUGUUGUGGCUCCUCUCACAUUCUUCCUUUUCUACAA